UAACUGGUUUUGAAAUUUCACAGGGGUUCGGUUUGUGUUGAUGUUUUGAAUUUGGAGCGCUGUUUUGGCACUUAUCGUGACCAGCUAUAACUUAAACUGUAACUACCGAUUUUCUAGUGAACUAUUUAUUCCAAACCAUGUCUUUUUCAAGAGCUCCAGUGAAGCGAUUUAAUGAAAAUAUCGGCUGCGCCCCAGCACCGAGCACCUACGAGCUGAAACCAGGAGAGGUGAAGGGACCUGCCGCUUUCCUCCGGUCAGAGCGCUUCAAACUGCUCAAGGCCAGUGAUGCUCCCAGCAUCCUACCACCAUCUCCUUCUAAAGAUGUGCCCACGUCACCUGUGGCUGUGCGUAGGACCAUGUCUGUGAAUGGACUGGUUGACGGGUCCAUGUCAAAGAAAGACAAGAGUGGCCUAUCGAUGCAGAUGAAACGGCAGAAACUCCUGGAGAAAGAGAUCCGCUCCCUGGUGCAGCAGCGCGGGGAGCAGGACAGGCGCCUGGUAACCCUGGAGGAGGAGCUGAGGAAGGUGGAGGCCAAGCUGUUGUCUGUGGUCAGGGAGAAGACUGGUCUGGCAGCUAACGUCACCACCCUGGAGAGACAGCUGGCUGAGUUCAAGAAGACUAACGACUUCCUCAAGAACAAGGUUUCUGCAGACACAACUAAGAAACGAUUCCAGUCUAUGUCUAUGGAGCUGAUGGAGGCAAGAAACAAACUGGAUGUCAAGGACAAGGAGCUGAGUUUCCUGCAGAUCAGUACAGUGGGCCAGGUGAUGUUGCUGGAGACAGACCUGGAGGCAGCCAGAGCUACACUCACCACCCUGAGGGAGAGGAACGAGGACCUGGUCCACAACGAGGGGCUGGAGAAUGAGAUGGGUACACUGCAAGCUGUGAUCCAGGAGCUGAGAGAGGAGGUCAAUGUUCUACAGGGUUACCUGGACACAGCCAACGACCACAUCCAGGACCUGCAUAUGAAGCUUCGUGAGAAGACAGAAAUGGAGAACAGCAUGUCUGAGUCUCAGCACAAGAAACUGGGUCAUCUUGAGCAGCAGCUGGAGCAGUGCACCGCGGAGCUCCGGAUCUCUCAGAACAUUCUCCGUCAGAAGGAGGAGGAGUCAGAGAAAGGUCAACAGGACCUGCAGGCUUCCCGGGAUGCAUUGCAGGAGACUGAGAAGCUUCUGGAGUGGCGAGAGGCGGAGCUGACGUCCUCCCAGAAGGCAUUGGGAGAUAUGGAAACACAGAUGCAGCGGGCCAACCAGGAAAUGUCUGACUCCCAGAGUGCAGUGCGGCAACAGGAUGCGGAGGUAGUGCGUCUGAGGGAAUUGCUGAGGAGGACAGUGAAGGAGCUGGAUGAGAGAAUAGCUCAUCUGGGAGAGAAGUGCAAAAUCCUGGAGGAGGAGAGAAAUAGGGGCCAGGGGAGAGUGGAGGAGCUGACUACAGAGCUGAGCCUCCUGCAGGAGAACUGGAGGAGUGAGAAGGAGGUGCAGGAGCAGCUGGCGCAGGCGCACACCUCCCUGACUGAGGAGCUGAAGAAGGAAAAGGAGCGUGCAGCCUCCCUGGCCUCGGGAUUGGAGAGAGUUAGGGAAGAGACCGAGGACGAGAGGAAACAGUUGGAGGAUGAGUUGGAGGAGGCUCUAGUGGAGCUGUCAGUUCUGGAGUUGCAGGAAGAGAGGAGGGAGGAGGAGGAGAAAAGGAGAGAGGAGGCCUUACAGAGUUUCCAGCUGGAGAAGACUGAGAUGGAGAGGGAACUGACUGAGACCAGAGCACUGCUAGACAGGAGAAGCAGUGCCGUAGAGGCGUUGGAGAAGGUGCACGGUGCUGAAACGAGGAGGCUGCAGGAGGAACACACCACCUCCCUCAGCAAGAUAGGACACAUGGCCACUGAACUGGAGAGCACCAGACAGGCCCUGAAGGGAGCAGAGGAUAGGAGUAGAGAGCUGGAGGAUGAGGUGGAGAGGGUGACAAAGCAGAUGGAGAGAGUGAAUCAACAGGAGGAGGAGGUGAAAAAGCUGAGGGAGGAGAUGGAGGAGGAACAGGAGAAACAUCUAGCUAACCAGCAGGGUCAGGAGAAAGCCAGAAAGGAGUAUGCAAGAAUUCUGUUGGAGGUACAGACACGUCUAGCUCAGAGAGAUGAUGAAAUAAAGAGGGCUGAGGAGGAGGUGCAGAGACAGCUGCAGGAGGAGAGGAUGGAGAAAGGGGAGGUGCAAAGGCUACUCCAGCAAGCUAGAGAGGAGAAAGAGGAGCUUCAGAGGCUAUUUAAGCAAACUAAAGAGGGGGUGCAGAGGCUACUGGAGCAGGAGAAAAGAGAGGGGGAAGUGCAAGGCAUGUCAGAGGAGGUGAGGGGGCGAGAGAGACUGGUGGAGGUGGUAGAGGAGGAAAAGCUAACUCUUCAGUGCUUGGUAGGGAAGGUGAAGAAGGAGAAACUGAGUCUUCAAAACCAGUCGGAGAAGAUGGAGGACCAGGUAAAGAAAUAUCUGCCAUCUCUAGAGAACCACAUGAAUGAGGUAGAGAAAGAGAGGGAUGAUCUGAAAACAGCAGUGAUGUUUGAAAUAGACAAACAGGGCCUUCAGAACCAGGUAGAACUGAUGGAAGAGAAGGUUUCUCUCCAGAGCCAGGUGGAUGUGGAGGUGCAGGAGGUUUCUCUCCAGAGCCAGGUGGAAGUCCAGGAGGUUUCUCUCCAGAGCCAGGUGGAUGUGGAGGUCCAGGAGGUUUCUCUCCAGAGCCAGGUGGAGGUGCAGGAGGUUUCUCUCCAGAGCCAGGUGGAUGUGGAGGUGCAGGAGGUUUCUCUCCAGAGCCAGGUGGAUGUGGAGGUCCAGGAGGUUUCUCUCCAGAGCCAGGUGGAAGUCCAGGAGGUUUCUCUCCAGAGCCAGGUGGAUGUGGAGGUGCAGGAGGUUUCUCUCCAGAGCCAGGUGGAGGUGCAGGACGUUUCUCUCCAGAGCCAGGUGGAUGUGGAGGUCCAGGAGGUUUCUCUCCAGAGCCAGGUGGAUGUGGAGGUCCAGGAGGUUUCUCUCCAGAGCCAGGUGGAUGUGGAGGUCCAGGAGGUUUCUCUCCAGAGCCAGGUGGAAGUCCAGGAGGUUUCUCUCCAGAGCCAGGUGGAUGUGGAGGUGCAGGAGGUUUCUCUCCAGAGCCAGGUGGAGGUGCAGGACGUUUCUCUCCAGAGCCAGGUGGAUGUGGAGGUCCAGGAGGUUUCUCUCCAGAGCCAGGUGGAUGUGGAGGUCCAGGAGGUUUCUCUCCAGAGCCAGGUGGAUGUGGUGGUCCAGGAGGUUUCUCUCCAGAGCCAGGUGGAUGUGGUGGUCCAGGAGGUAUCUCUCCAAAGCCAGGUGGAUGUGGAGGUCCAGGAGAAGGUGACUCUCUAUUGGGAGAUGGAGGAACAGAGAAGAGACUUCCAGAGAAUGCUGCUGGAGACUCGAGACAAGAGUGAUGCAGAGACGGAACACUGGAGGAGACAGUACGAGGAGCUCUACGCCAAGGUCAAGCCCUUCCAGGAGCAGCUGAAUGGGUUUGCUGCUGAGCGGGAAUUGCUACUGAACGAGAACGGGGCGAACCAGGAGGAGCUAACACGGCUAGCGGAUGCCUACGCUCGUCUGCUGGGCCACAAGAACCAGAAACAGAAGAUCAGACACGUGGUGAAGCUCAAAGAUGAGAACAUUUCCCUCAAACAGGAGCUGUCUAAGCUGCGUGCCCAGGUGUCCCGUCAGAAGAAGGGAGGCCAGCCCCAACGCAGGGUUGACCCCAGCAAAGCCUUCAACAACCAGGACAGCAAGGAGAACCUGCUGCCACACCUCAGACACACCAGCAUUUCCUUUAGCGGGUAAUUGACAGCUUUUGGACAUUUUUUAAAUGUAUUUAUUAUUCUCUUUUUUUGAGACCUAACAACCGGCACACAAACAGUUGGACACAUUGUUUGACAGAUAAUAUCCAAUCACAUCGGCUGCAUUGUGGUUUGUUCAAGUUGUCUAUCAAUGGCAUCACCUCUACUCUGCCUCUGCCUUGAGUUCGUCCUCCCAUAGUGGACUUGCAACAACAACAUGGUCUGACCUGCGAUACACAGCUGGUUUUUUGUGCAGGGGAGAAGUCUUCAUGUAUUUUAUGAAUGCUUUUUCUAGUUAAACCUUCCAAGAACUGACAGAAAUGUCCACUAAUGCCUAUUUAACAUUGUACGUCAGGUUAGCUAGCUACAGAUAUAGGGUCUUAAUUUGAGCCAGUUUGCUACAGCAGGAAAAUAAUCCUGCAGCAACAGGAAAUGUGAAUUGUUAUGUGGAUCAUGAUUAUUGGACAUUCUUUUUGGGGUUGAUAAAUUUUUCAAAGUUGAAAUUGCAAACUUCAGAAGACAUUUUUAAAUCUAAAAUAUACUACCACCACCUGCCAGGCGCCCCCCCCCCCUCAUCGGAGGACAAUAUAUAUAUAUUUUUUUUUAUUUUUUGAACGGAAACUUAAACGUUCUGGGAAUUAUGUGUAACUUCCUGCAUGGUUUAGUGGUGAGGCUGUAGCCUUACAGAUCUAGACAGUAGGAAUUAUGUGUAACUUCCUGCAUGGUUUAGUGGUGAGGCUGUAGCCUUACAGAUCUAGACAGUAGGAAUUAUGUGUAACUUCCUGCAUGGUUUAGUGGUGAG